CAUUUGUCAGGUCCGCCUGCUCCCAGACCAGAGGCUCAGGAGGAGGCAGCCGAAACGAAGGCUGGUGUCGGCACGUACUCUCCGACGAAUACCCCUCUAUAUCACCGGACGCACGUUAACGAUAUUACCUAAACGAUUGUACUAGGAUCACAGUGAGCCUUCCUCCACACCAUGUCCCAGGACAAGAGUGGCUACCCUGUUAUGGGUGAGAGCAACCCACUCCAUAACAGUGUGUAUGGACCCCCUCAGCCGGGUUUUGGCAUGCCCCCUCCCAACUACAGCCAGGCCCCAGGGGCACCUUACCCACAAGCAGCAGGUAUUGGGCAGCCAGGCUACCCACAGGCAGGCCCAGGGUUCGGCCCAGGUCCCUUCCCCCAGAUGCCUUACCCUCAGAUGCCCUACCCACAGGGACCCUACCCUCAGGGGCCUUACCAGCAUGGACCCCAACAGCCCGGUUUUCCUGGAGAUCCCAGUGCCCCCAUGGGCAGCCCUGGUUACCAUGGUGAUGGGCCUCCAUCUUAUUACGACAAUGAUGAGUUCACCAACUCUGGCUUUGAGGAUAAGACUAUCCGACAAGCUUUCAUCAGAAAGGUCUUCAUGGUUCUCACAGUGCAGCUGAUGGUCACAUUCUCCUUCGUUGCUGUCUUCACCUUCGUUGAUGAUGCCAAGUACUUUGUGCGCCGUAAUCCAUGGACAUACUACAUUUCCUACGCAAUUUUCUUUGUGGCUCUUAUUGUUCUCAGCUGCUGUGGAGACUUCCGUCGCAAACACCCCUGGAACUUGGUUGCAUUGUCUAUCCUGACACUGAGCCUGUCCUACAUGGUGGGCAUGAUCGCCAGCUUCUACGACACAGAGACCGUCAUCAUGGCCGUGGGCAUCACCGCCGUGGUCUGCUUCACUGUUGUCCUGUUCUCACUACAGAGCAAGUAUGACUUCACUUCCUGUCGGGGCGUGCUGUUUGUGUGCCUGAUUGUGCUGCUGCUCUUCUCCAUCCUCUGCAUCUUCAUCCGCCACAGGAUCCUGCACAUCGUGUAUGCCUCACUGGGGGCCCUCCUUUUCACCUGCUUUUUGGCCGUGGACACCCAGCUUCUUCUGGGCAAUAAGAAGCUGGCCCUGAGUCCCGAGGAGUACAUUUUUGCAGCCCUCAACCUCUACACUGACAUCAUCAACAUCUUCCUCUACAUCCUGGCUAUAGUGGGACGCUCCCGUGAAUGAGGGUACCCCCCCUAAAGGGGACAGAUAGGGGAGAUGGAUUAUGCCUCCUCUUGUUGUGGAAUGAUGCUAAAUUGCCCACUUUUCUCUGAUUCCUUUUAAACUUUUUUCUUCACUCAUUGUUUCUCCCUCACACUUUCAUUCCUCUCCUAUCACACAACCCCCAUAUUUUGUGCAGAAGCAGGUAGAUUGGGCUGUGAAGGUGUUGCGGUCAGUCAUAAAAAAACAACGGAGAGUGCUAAUUUUUAAUUUAUUUAUUUUACAAAAAUCUCGCCGUUAAAGCCAGACCACUGAGAUCCUUCUUUUUCGCCUCCCUCCAUUUCGACGAUUCUGCUUGCUCUAACUGUCCUCUGCUUCUACUAACACACAUGACUGUGUACAGUACUUAUCCACUAACUUCCACUUUGGCUUAACACAUGUAGAAGAACAUCCUAUCCCAUGUCUGCUUGGCACUCUGCCUUGCCUUGCUGCACAGAGAUUGAACAGGAAGAGUGGGGAGCACGUCGGUGGCACUUUAAAUCGAGUGCAGUGCUGUGAUACAGACCAGCUUUGCCUGAAGGGAAGAAGCUAUCGCAAGAAAACAAAAAAAAACUAACAAAAAAACUUCCUUCAGUAUACAGUAUGUUUCCGAGACCUUCCUCCCUCCCUUUUCAGCCUGCCAGUGUAAAUUAACUCUGCAUGGCAACGAUGGAAACACAACUAACGAUGUGUUAUGAUUCUCUAGAACCACCAGAGGAAUACUUCUCCUAGCUUGCUUGUUAACGUCGCUGUAAAUAGUUCAGUGUAUUACUGUAUAUGAUGCUAAUGUCCCUCACUACUGAUCUCUAGGCAUGCUGGAGUGAGUCAUACAGAUGUGAUACUUAAUGAGGAAAUAUGUGCCCUGACAUCAGAAAUUAGCUAAUCCAGUACAAUGACCAAAACUCUUUCAAUGGCGUAUAAGGAAUGAAGUUUAGUGUUGGGUGUACAAAUACAGUUAAACGCAAAUAUAUAUUUAUAUAGUCUCUAUAUAUAGUCAUACCGGAUAUCUUUCUCAGAAAGAGAGAAAUUGAUGCUCUGAAAUAAUUUUCUAUGAUUCCAAAGUUUAAACUAAUAUUCCCUGAGGAUCUUUCUUUUCUUUCUUUUUUGUUUUCCCUGUUCUUUUCUUCACUAAUUCCUUUUUGUCUGGUCUUUUAUGUCACGUGAAAUUUAGUGCUGUAUUUUUUUCCAUCAUAACAAAUGUGAAAUAUUUAAGUAUUGAAAUUUCUGAUCCGUUUUGUUUCAAGCUCUCAAGCCACCUCAGAUUUUUAAAAGUAGUUUGAAGUUGAUGGACAGUAGGCAAGAAGGACAUGGUAGGAAUAAUUUAUCAUUCUAUUUAUUGAACUUGCUGUAGAGUACAGGGUUGUUCUGAUGUUAGUAUAGGCUGGAAACUUGAACAUUACAUUUUGAAGAGAUGGUCUCCUUGGAGACUGUUAAUGAUAGGAAUGUGUGCCGUUGUCUCUUGUGUUGAACCUUGAGUGUCCACAUCAGCACUUGAAACUGCAACACGCAGAGUUUCAAAGAAGUUGGUACUGAAGUUUGCCGUGAAAAUAUGAAACAUGGAUUACAUUUGAACUCUAUAAAAGUGAUCUAGGGAAAAUUAAUUGAUAUAAAUAUUUCUUUCUCACAACAUGAAUGGCAUACUACAUAUGUAUAUGAGGACGUUUUAAUCUGUGAGUUCUGUUUGCAUUUUUCACCUGUUGCAUGACCUUCUCCUCACAUUUGCAUGUGCUGAUAAUGCACACUGCACACCAGGUGUUUCUGUUUCAGAGAGACACAGUGUUGUAAAGCAUUGUUUUGGCAGCCCUGUUAGCAAGUUUUUUUUCCCCCAGCAAAGGGAGGGGAUUUCUAAUUGACUUACAUUCAUUCUCUACAGUCUUUCCCAAAUGUUAGUCAUAACAAGUUUAUGCCUAACCUGACCUUAACCCUUACCUUAACGAGUCAGCCAAAAUGAUCACUGAAAAAUUCCUUCACCUUCCUGGGGUGGAAAAAAUUUGCACCCUGUUUAACUUUUUUUUUUUUUUUUUUUUUUAACUCUUGUGUUUGUAUCUAACUAAUGUGUAAGUGUAUAUAUGACUCCUUAGUGGUUUGAUGUGUAUAGAAAAAGUGAUUUGGGCUUUGUAGGUCUGUUUGCACUGUAUAUUUGCAUUGAAUCAAACUGGAAUUGCAUUCUCUACACUGCUGUUCGCUUUUCAUUAAAAGAAAUACAAUGGAAAGGUGU